AUGUACUAUUUUCUUUGCAAUUUAGCCUUAAUUGAUUUGUUCUAUGCAUCAAGUUCUCUUCCAAAAAUGUUACUGGAUGUGUUUUCGAAGAGAAGGAGAAUCUCCAUCAUUGGUUGCCUGGUGCAAAUGAACUCUACUCUGUUUCUCGGAAGCACUGAGUGUAUACUACUGGCAGUGAUGGCGUAUGACAGGUACAUUGCCAUACGCUUUCCUUUGCACUAUAACAUUUACAUGAAUUGGAGGACAUGUAAUAUCAUUACAGUCAUCAUGUGGUUGGGGAGUUUCCUUGUAGCAACUAUCCCCACAAUCUCAAAGCCUUUUGUGUUCUGCAGAGAGAACAUAUUGGACCAUUUUGCCUGUGAGCUAUUGGCCCUUCUAGACCUGGCAUGUGGAGAUCUCAGCUUCUAUAAAAUAACUAUAUUUGUAGUAAGUUUAUUUACGCUAUUAACACCAUUUGUUUGCAUCGUGUUGUCCUACAUCUGUAUCCUUGUAUCCAUAUUAAACAUCCACUCAGCGGGAGGAAGGUCUAAAGCUUUUUCUACAUGUGCCUCUCACCUGACUGUGGUGCUACUGAUUUAUGGGACCAGUAUGACCAUGUACAUGGGACAAACCCAAAGGUUGUCAUCCAAAUUAAAAAAUAUUGCUUUAAUUUAUGUUCUUGUGACACCUGUAUUAAAUCCUUUGAUCUACAGCUUGAGAAACAGUGAGGUGAAAAAAGCAGUUAAGGCAAUAUUGCCAAGAAUUCUGAACCAGCGACCGUAA